CGCACAUAUAGCUCCUUACAAGGUUAUAAAAUGACACUCCAACAUCGCCAUUUACCAAAGAGAGCAUCAUUUUAGAAAGUAAGAAUAUGUGUAUUACACCGUGGGCAUGUAACCAGAAGCCAAACUCUGGUUAGUAAAAAUUUUUUGCAACAAAUCGGAGCAAGAAAAUGGAGCCAAGUGCCAAGCGUCCCAAGUUGGACGGCAGACACGACUUCAUUGUCAACACUGUCGCUGCCUUUCUAAAACUAGAGAAAGCAGAUGUGUUAGGCUCCAUAUCUAAUGAGACUCAGCUGGACAUCAUGAAGCAGUUUUUUGUAGCCGGUGGGCUCCCGAACCUCAUGGUCCAUCAGGAAUACGAGGCCCCAGAUUCAGGUAUGUAGUAUGUAGGUAUGUAGUACCUCAGAGUUUGUGCGGUUAAUGACGCUCCCUCAACCCCAGAUGCACCUGGACCCUCCAAACCUACGGUCUUGAAACCAUGUCGCAGAGUGUUUGUGACAGAGGAGAAGAAGACGCCUUUGUUGGGGGCGGGAGUCUGCUUCACCAGAACAAACACCUCCAAAGCAGUAACUCCGGAGAACAUACAUAAAGAGGUCAAUUCUCAUUUGUUCGACACGACCGACACGGGUCUUAUAAGAUGUGUGGAGCAGCUGUUUUCUGACAUCUACUCCCCUGCGAUGAAGACGAUGAGCCACAUAUGGAAGGACCUGGCUGGAACCCAGGCUGCGGCCAUUAAAAAGGAGUUUUUGAUUUCCAUGACCAACUUUGUGUCUGUGUUGACGGGAGCACAAGAGAGGCUGCAGGACAAAGGUACUUUAAGACCUUGUGACACCUUUGACCUUCGGGCUCUGAAAGGUCAAUCAGACUACAAGAUGGCAGCCAGCAGCUCAGAGACCACGGAAAAGUUGGAGGCGUGCCUGAAAGUGUGGAUCAAACAGAUAGAACAGGUUCUUGCUGAGAGCGACCAGCUUCGGAUAGAGCUGGACGACCUGGGCCCGCGCUCUGAACUGGACUACUGGAAGAAACAAAUGGCUCGCUUCAACUACCUGCUGGAGCAGCUGAAAGGCUCGGACGUAAAGGCCGUGCUGGGCGUGCUACUGAUCGCCAAGUCCAAAGUCCUCAAGGCGUGGCGGGAGCUGGACAGCAGACUGAUGGACGCUUCCAACAUGGCCACUGAUAAUGUGAAGAUUCUGAACAGCUUGGAGAAGUUCUGGGAUCCUCUCUACAGCUGUAACCCUGUGACCAUGGUGGAUGCUAUUCCUGCGCUGAUCAAUGCCAUCAGGACGAGCCACAGUAUCUCCCAUCACUUCAACACGUCUGAUAACAUCACGUCCCUCUUCAUGGUGAAGGUGACGAAUCAGAUGAUCAUAGCAUGCAAGGCCUACAUCACUAACAAUGGUGCCAACACUAUAUGGGACCAGCCUCAAAACGUCGUCACAGACAAAAUGAGGGCUUCUAUUCACCUCAAUCAGAAAUACCAGCAGCAUUUCCACAAAGCCAAGGAGAAGCUGGCAAAGACUCCCUCUGAGAGGCAGUUCGACUUCAGCGAGAUGCACAUCUUCUUAAAGUUUGACUCAUUCCAGCAACGUCUUGAAAAAAUUUUAGAAAUGUUCACAACCAUUUCCACCUACUCCGCCUUGCUGGACCUGAAGAUGGAGGAACUGGAGGCCAUAGUCAAGAAGUUUCAAUCGAUCGUUCAAAACAUGAAGAAGAAGAACUACAGUUUUCUGGACCAAGGCAGACCGGAUUUCGAUGUUGACUAUCAGAGGUUUUGCAAAAAUACCCGAGAGCUUCAUAGUCAACUGAAAAGUUUCAUGAACAGCCACUUUCAGAAGAUUCAGAAUAAAGAGCGAGCGCUGAAUGUACUGCAAAAGUUUGAAAGACUUGAAAUCCCAAACCUGGGUUUGGGAGAGAAGUACCUGCGGAUCUUGGAAAACUACGGUCAGGACAUCGAGGUGGUUUCUCGCAUCUACAUGAAGCAGAAAUCAGACCCCCCCAUCGGCCGGGACAUGCCCCCGGACUCUGGCCGCAUCAUGUGGGCCCGGCAUCUGUACAGCAGAAUUCAGAUCCCUCUGGAUCUCUUUGAGGAGUAUGAAGGGGUUCUGUCCACACAAGAGGCUAAGAAGAUCAUCAAGAGGUACAACAACAUCAGGAAGGUCCUGGUGGAGUUUGAGACACUGUAUCAUCAAAGCUGGAUGAAAAAGGUGGAGUUGGCCAUCUUGGGCUUGCGUGCCUCCUUACUAGUCAGAUCUCCGGAGACCGGGGAGCUGUUCGUCAACUUCGACCCCGAGAUUCUGACCCAAAUACGAGAGGUGAACUUCAUGAAGAGGAUCGGUUUAGAGAUUCCACCGUUCGCUGCGCUGCUACAACAGAAGCAGAACAGCCUGAAACAGAACUUCAACAUGUUACAGCUCAUGCUAAACGAGAACAAGAGAGUUCGGUUGAAGGUUCAGCCAGCUUUUCAGCAACUGUCAAAGCCACACAUCGGGAAGGUGGAUGCUGCCAUCCAGCCUGGUCUGACCUCUCUUAACUGGACCUCCAUGAAUAUAACCAAGUACAUCAACCGCAUCAACAGCACUCUGAGGGACCUGGAGUUAUUAAUGGACAGGGUGAACGACUUGGUGGAGGUCAGAAUAGACGCAGCGCUGCAUGAAAUGAGCACGUACACUCUGUGCUAUUUACCAGAAGAUGGACCUGUCACCUGUGAAGAGUUUGUUGCAAAGACUCGGGAGCUAUGCAUGGGACAAACUCAGAAUCUUCAAACAAAGAGCCUCCUUGUUGAGGAAGCCUCCAAUGAAGUGAUCAACAUGCUGCUGGAUUUUGACAAAAAUCCCAGGGAGGAGACGGAGAAUGUUGAUGAAAGCUGCACGCGGAGCAAAUCUACAGACCUCAGCAACGCUGACGAGGAGGAAGACACUCGGUCUGUAGAACAAGGUGGCUCCAAGGCCAGCGGCCUCCAGACUACCCAGAUGGCGAAGAAGAAGAAGAAGAAGAAAGAUUUGUUGGGGGAGGAAGCUCUGGAGCUGCUGUCCUACUUCAACCAUCGCAACAUUGACGCCUUGGUCCGACUGACACGCAACAACCUGGAUAUGUUGCGCAAGCAAAUCCAUCCCGCUUCUCUCAUGAACUCCAUGGAUGAGAUCGAAUCACCGAGCCAGUGGGAGUUUGGUGAUCUGCAGGCCAUCUUUAGAGUUGAUGUGACGCUCACCAUCCCAAACAUCUCCAUAUUUCCAAGUCUGGAGGAAGUUCAGACGGCCCUGAAUCAGGCCAUCAAGUGUGUGGUCAACGUCAGCCAGGGCGUCGGCCAGUGGAGCAAAGAGAGGAUCACAAAGAAAAAAAUGAACGAGAGGCGCAUGGCGGCUUUGAAAGAGGAGCUUUCCGAGGUCGAAGAGGAGGAGGCUAUUAACACAACGUGCAAGAGUUUCACCGAGGGGAGUGUCACAGAUAUAUCAGCAAACGCGGCUCAAACCGUGGCUUACCCGACCCGGAAUUACUACAAGAUUGUUUCAGAAAACAAGGAAAUCGUCAAACUGGUGAACGUACUCAGCAGCUCCAUAACUUCCUCUGAAAAGGAGUUGUUCCUGGCACUCGACUGUUUCUCUCAUUACCAUCACAUCUGGCAGAAUCCUCGCGAAGAGACCCUGGAGAAGUUCAUGGAAGGCAACCCUUUGCUGUCAGAGUUUGAGAGGCAGAUCGUUUACUUCAGAGACCUGGAAUUGGAGAUAAACUCCGAGCCAGAGUACAUCUCUGUCAGAGCUUUAGCAGUGUACACAGAAAAUUUGAAACUGGCGCUGACUGCUGAAACAAAGAACUGGAUGGUCGACUACGGGCGCUACUGUAACAAGAAAUACAGUUCUGAGAUGGAGGAGACCUUCGCGUUCAUUGACGAAGUUGGAAAGAAGCUGAAUCGGCAGAUCACAGACCUCAAUGACUAUCGGAUCGCCAUGGCAGCGCUGAGUGAGCUGAGGGAGAACGAAAUCAACAUCGACUUUAGAGUUGGACCUAUUGAGGAGUCUUAUGCGAUGCUCCAAAAAUACGAGCUCCCUGUGGCGAAGGAGGAAGCAGACAAGGUGGACACACUGCGAUACAGCUGGGAGAAGUUAGUGUCUCGGGGCACAGAGAUGCAGAACGAUCUGGUGGCCAUGAAGCCCGUCUUCAAACGGGAACUUGCCCAGAAUAUGGGAACCUUCCGUCUCGAUUGCGAGCAUUUCUACAAGGAGUAUGAGACGGAAGGUCCAAUGGUUGAGGGACUGGCACCGCAGGAUGCCAGCGACCGACUGGUCAUUUUCCAGAAUCGCUUUGACAACCUGUACAGGAUGUACGACAUCUACACCAGUGGUCAGCAGCUGUUCAACAUACCGGUUACUGAAGAUCCGAAACUAGGGGAAGUUAAACUGCAGCUGACGCUGUCGCAGAAGCUUUAUGGUCUUUACAACAGCGUCAUUGACACUGUCAACGGAUACUAUGACAUCCUGUGGGCAGACGUUGACAUCGAGAGCAUCAAUAAUGAGCUGCUGGAUUUCCAGACGAGGUGUCGCAAACUGCCGGCAGCUCUGAAAGAAUGGCAAGCCUUCAAUGACCUGAAGAAGACCAUCGACGACUUCAGUGAGUCCUGCCCUCUGCUGGAGCUCAUGACCAACAAAGCUAUGAUGAGUCGUCACUGGGGCCGAAUCACAGAUGUAACUGGACAUACUUUUGAUGUGGAGUCAGAUACUUUCAAGUUACGCAAUAUUAUGGAAGCCCCGCUUCUGAAGUAUAAAGAGGAGCUUGAGGAUAUUUGCAUCAGUGCAGUGAAGGAGCGAGAAAUUGAGCACAAACUGAAGCAAGUCAUUGUAGAGUGGGACAACAAGAUGUUCACGUUCGCCGCCUUCAAAACCCGUGGAGAACUGCUCUUGAGAGGAGACAGCACGAUGGAGAUCAUCACUAGCAUGGAGGACAGCUUGAUGGUUUUGGGAUCUCUCAUGAGCAACAGAUACAAUACACCAUUUAAAGCCCAGAUCCAGAAGUGGGUUCUGAAUCUGUCCAACACGACUGAUAUAAUAGAAAGCUGGGUGACUGUUCAGAACCUGUGGAUCUACCUGGAGGCCGUGUUUGUAGGUGGAGACAUCGCUAAGCAGCUGCCGAAAGAAGCAAAGCGGUUCACUAACAUCGAUAAAUCCUGGGUGAAGAUCAUGAUGCGAGCCCAUGAGAACCCAAGUGUGAUACAGUCAUGCGUGGGCGAUGAGACAAUGGGGCAGCUUCUUCCUCAUCUCCUCGAGCAGCUGGAGAUAUGUCAGAAGUCCUUGACCGGCUAUUUGGAGAAGAAACGCCUGCUCUUCCCUCGAUUCUUCUUUGUCUCUGAUCCUGCCCUGCUGGAGAUCCUGGGUCAAGCCUCCGACUCUCACACCAUCCAAGCUCAUCUCCUCAACGUCUUUGACAAUGUUAAAACAGUGAGAUUUCACACUGAGGUUUACGAUCGUAUACUGGCCAUUGCAUCUCGAGAGGGUGAGUCAAUCGACCUGGAGAAGCACGUCCAGGCUGAAGGGAACGUCGAGGUUUGGCUCGAUAAUCUGUUGAAGGAAUCCCAGACCUCUCUGCACGCUGUUAUCCGAGAUGCAGUCAUGUCAAUGGAGGAAGAAGGGUUCCACCUUAUUGAGUUCCUCAACUCUUUUCCUGCCCAGGUGGGACUCUUAGGUAUUCAAGUUAUUUGGACGAAAGACGCUGAAGAUGCGUUAGCCAAUGCCCGAUAUGAUCGAACCGUCAUGGCUAAAACCAACCAGCAGUUUCUGGACCUGCUGAAUCUGCUGAUCGCGAUGACGACCCGAGACCUCACUCCUGUGGAGAGGACCAAGUACGAGACUCUGAUCACCAUCCACGUACAUCAGAGGGACAUAUUCAAUGAUCUGUGCCUGCUGCAUAUCAAGAGUCCCAACGACUUUGAGUGGCUGAAGCAGUGCCGCUUCUACUUCUCAAAGGACAAGAUGCUCAUCCGCAUCACAGAUGUGACCUUCAUCUACCAAAAUGAAUUUUUGGGCUGCACUGAAAGGCUUGUCAUCACACCUUUAACAGACAGGUGCUACAUCACCAUUGCUCAGGCUCUCUACAUGAGUUUAGGCGCUGCCCCUGCUGGUCCUGCAGGAACAGGUAAAACAGAGACCACCAAAGACAUGGGUCGCUGCCUCGGGAUUUAUGUUGUGGUCUUCAACUGCUCUGACCAAAUGGACUUCAGAGGGCUGGGAAGAAUCUACAAAGGCCUGGCUCAGUCUGGAGCUUGGGGUUGUUUUGAUGAGUUCAACCGUAUCGACCUCCCAGUGCUGUCUGUGGCGGCCCAGCAGAUCGCCAUCGUGCUCAACUGCAAAAAAGAGCGGCAGAAGACUUUCAUCUUCACUGAUGGUGACACUGUAGACAUGAAACCAGAGUUUGGUCUCUUUCUAACGAUGAACCCGGGUUACGCCGGUCGCCAAGAACUUCCUGAGAACCUGAAGAUCAACUUCCGCUCCGUGGCCAUGAUGGUUCCAGACCGUCAGAUUAUAAUCAGAGUCAAACUCGCCAGCUGUGGUUUCAUAAACAACCAGGAACUUGCUCUGAAGUUCUUCACCCUCUACAAGCUGUGUGAGGAGCAGCUGUCCAAGCAGGUCCAUUAUGACUUUGGUUUACGGAACAUCUUGUCUGUGCUGAGAACUUUGGGAGCAGCCAAACGAUCCAACCCCACUGACACCGAGUCCACCAUCGUCAUGAGGGUCCUCAGAGACAUGAAUCUCUCUAAGCUGAUUGAUGAGGACGAGCCGCUCUUCAUGAGCUUGAUUGAUGAUCUCUUCCCUGGCAUCACCCUGGAUAAAGCAGGCUAUCCCGAGCUGGAGGCAUCCAUCGACAGACAGGUGGACAGCGCGGGUUUAAUCGUCAACCCUCCCUGGAAGCUGAAAGUCAUCCAGCUGUUUGAGACUCAGAGAGUUCGUCACGGCAUGAUGGCUCUAGGGCCCAGUGGAGCUGGAAAGACCACAUGUAUUCACACGUUGAUGAAGGCUAUGACUGAAUGUGGUCAACCUCAUAAGGAGAUGCGAAUGAACCCCAAAGCCAUCACAGCUCCUCAGAUGUUUGGCAGACUUGACGUGGCCACUAACGACUGGACUGAUGGCAUCUUCUCGACUCUUUGGAGGAAAACACUGAGGGCUAAGAAAGGAGAACACAUCUGGAUCGUCUUGGAUGGACCUGUAGAUGCCAUCUGGAUCGAGAACCUUAACUCUGUAUUGGAUGACAACAAAACCCUCACAUUGGCGAAUGGAGAUCGCAUCCCCAUGGCACCCAACUGCAAAGUGACUUUUGAGCCCCAUAACAUCGAUAACGCCUCCCCAGCCACCGUCUCUCGAAACGGCAUGGUGUUCAUGAGCUCCUCUGUGCUCAACUGGAGCCCCAUAUUAGACGGGUGGCUGUUGAAACGGACUCCACAGGAGGCUGAGGUCCUGAGGGAGCUCUUUGCCAUGUCUUUUCCUGAUGUGUACCGCUACUGCACACAGUCGCUGGAGUUUAAAAUGGAUCUGUUGGAGGCCUUUGUCAUCAUGCAGGCCCUCAACAUGUUACAGGGACUCAUCCCACCCAAAGAGCAGUGCGGUGAAUUGACCCGAGAGCAUUUGCAGCGGCUCUACGCGUUCUCCCUCAUGUGGAGUGCAGGAGCCGUGCUGGAGCACGACAGCCGUCAGAAAAUGGAGAUGUGGAUUAGAGAAAACAAACAAUUGGGAAUUAAUUUACCUAAAAUUCCUGAUGAUAGUGAAGACACCAUGUUCGACUACUACGUCACGAAUGACGGCCAAUGGGUCCACUGGCUCACAAGGGUGGAGACUUACAUUUAUCCGACCGAUUCAACUCCAGAGUACAACUCAAUCUUGGUCCCCAAUGUGGACAACGUUCGGACAGAUUUCCUUAUUCAGACUAUUGCUAAGCAGAGCAAGGCUGUUCUAUUGAUCGGAGAGCAAGGAACUGCCAAAACUGUGAUGAUCAAGGGCUACAUGGCCCAGUACAAUCCCGAAACCCACAUGGGAAAGUGUCUCAACUUUUCUUCUGCUACGACGCCAAUGAUGUUCCAGAGGACAAUUGAAAGCUAUGUGGAUAAGAGGAUGGGUACCACUUAUGGACCACCUGCUGGGAAGAAGAUGACAGUUUUCAUUGAUGACGUCAACAUGCCGAUCAUCAAUGAAUGGGGAGAUCAGGUGACAAAUGAGAUUGUCCGACAGUUGAUGGAGCAGAAUGGAUUCUACAACCUUGAGAGGCCAGGGGAGUUCACCACUAUCAUAGAUAUUCAGUUCCUGGCAGCUAUGAUUCAUCCUGGUGGAGGUCGUAAUGACAUCCCACAGCGACUGAAGAGACAGUUCUCUAUCUUCAAUUGUACCCUUCCUUCCAAUCCCUCCAUUGACAAGAUAUUUGGUGCAAUUGGUGGAGGUCACUUCUGUAAGGAGAGACAGUUUAAGGAUGAGGUCUGUAAAACAGUGCCCCAUCUUGUGAGCCUGACUCGCCUUCUCUGGCAGCUGACCAAGAUUAAAAUGCUUCCCACGCCUGCCAAGUUCCACUACAUCUUUAACCUCAGAGACUUGUCCAGGGUCUGGCAGGGCAUGCUCAAUACCACCGCUGAUGUCAUCCACUCAGUCCAGGUACUUGUGGGCUUAUGGAAACACGAGUGCAAGCGAGUAAUUGCUGACAGAUUCACCACCCCAGAAGACGUGAAUUGGUUCGACCAGAAUUUGGUGAAACUGGUCGAUGAGAAGAUCGGGGAAGACUACAAGGCCAUGGUGGACGGGGUUGACCUAUACUUUGUUGACUUCCUACGAGACGCCCCAGAACCCACCGGAGAGGAGCCAGAUGACUUUGACUUUGAUGCGCCCAAAGUGUAUGAACCGAUCGAGUCCUUUAACAGUUUAAGGGACCGACUGAACAUGUUCCUUUUCCAGUACAAUGAGAGUGUUAGGGGGGCUUCAAUGGACAUGGUCUUUUUUGAGGAUGCAAUGAUACAUCUGGUCAAGCUGUCAAGGAUAAUCCGCACGCCGGGAGGUAACGCUCUCUUGGUUGGUGUCGGUGGCUCUGGCAAACAGAGUCUGACCAGACUGUCCUCAUACAUCGCUGGAUACAAGAUCUUUCAGAUAACGCUCAGCAGAACAUACAACACAUCGAAUCUGUUGGAAGACUUGAAGUUUUUGUACAGAACAGCUGGUCAGCAAGGCCAAGGAAUUACUUUCCUCUUCACUGACAACGAGAUCAAAAGAGAGUCUUUCCUGGAGUAUAUGAACAACGUCCUGUCGUCUGGAGAGGUGUCCAAUUUGUUUGCACGUGAUGAAAUGGACGAGAUUUUGGGUGAUCUGAUAGCCGUCAUGAAGAAGGAGUAUCCAAAGAUCCCACCAUCAAAUGAAAAUCUCUACGACUACUUCAUGUCACGAGUUCGACAUCACCUCCAUGUUGUGCUCUGCUUCUCACCAGUUGGAGAGAAGUUCUGCAACCGAGCUCUCAAAUUUCCAGCCCUGAUCUCAGGCUGCACCAUGGACUGGUUCAGUCGGUGGCCCAAAGAAGCCCUUGUUGCUGUGUCGCAACAUUUCUUGGCUGUGUUUGACAUCCAGUGCACCCCAGAAGUGAAGGGAGAAUUGGUUCAAUGCAUGGGUUCCUUUCAAGACGGGGUGGCUGAGAAAUGCGUGGAGUACUUUCAAAGAUUCCGCCGCUCCACACACGUCACACCAAAGUCCUACUUGUCCUUCAUUCAAGGGUACAAGAGUAUUUAUUCAGAAAAGAGGUCUGAGGUGGAAACCCUGGCCAACAGGAUGAACACAGGUCUGGAGAAGUUGAAGGAGGCAACCGUGUCAGUAGCAGCUCUCAGCAAAGAGCUAGAAGUCAAGGAAGUAGAGCUCCAGGUUGCCAAUGAGAAGGCUGAUAUGGUGCUUAAAGAAGUCACAGUCAAAGCCACGGCUGCUGAAAAAGUCAAGUUGGAUGUCCAAAAAGUCAAAGACAAAGCUCAGGCUCUUGUGGACAGCAUCUCUGUGAAGAAAGCGGUGGCUGAGGAGAAACUUAAGGAUGCGAGACCGCUCCUGCUGGCUGCUGAGAAGGCACUGGAGACCAUCAAGCCAGCCGAUAUUGCCACCGUCCGAACGCUGGGCCGCCCUCCCUUCCUCAUCAUGCUCAUCAUGGACUGUGUGCUGCUGCUGUUCCAGUGUCGGUUGAAUGAAGUGGUGAUAGACGCAGAGAGGGAUUCUAUCACUCCUUCGUGGCAGGAUUCUCUUAAGCUCAUGACAGCUGGUAACUUCCUGGGUGCGCUGCAGCAAUUUCCCAAAGAGACAAUUAAUGACGAGGUGGUGGAGCUCCUGCUGCCCUAUUUUAACAAGAAAGAGUACACCUUUGAGAUGGCUUGCCAAGUGUGCGGCAAUGUGGCCGGACUUUUAUCGUGGACCACAGCAAUGUCGUCUUUCUUUGAGAUCAACAAGGAAGUUUUGCCCUUACAGGCUAACUUGGAACAACAGGAGGUUCUAUUGGACAAGGCCAACCAGGACCUUCGGGACUCUCAGGCUGAGCUUGAUGCCAAGCAGGCAGAGCUGGAUGAGGUACAGGCCAUCUAUGACAAGGCCAUGGCAGAGAAACAGAUGCUGCUGGACGACGCUGACCGCUGCAGGAACAAGAUGUCAACUGCUUCUAAUUUGAUCAAGGGCUUGGCUGGGGAGAAGGAGAGAUGGACGGAGCAGAGCAAAGAGUUUGCUGCACAGAUCACUCGCCUUGUGGGUGACGUCCUCCUGGCCACAGGCUUUCUCUCUUACUCUGGCCCCUUCAACCAGGAGUUUCGUAACCUCCUCCUGACGGACUGGAAGAGCGAGCUGACGCUCCGUGACAUCCCGUUUGACGUCAAUAUCAAUCUGACUGACAUGCUAGCCCAUACCUCCACCAUCAGCGAGUGGAAUCUACAGGGACUUCCCAACGACGAUCUGUCCAUUCAAAACGGCAUCAUUGUCACCAAAGCUGCCCGCUUCCCUCUACUCAUUGAUCCACAAACCCAAGGGAAGAUUUGGAUCAAGAACAAGGAGGGGAAGAAUGACCUGCAGAUCACCUCCUUGAACCACAAAUAUUUCAAGACACACCUGGAGGACAGUCUGUCACUUGGUCAGCCUCUGUUGAUCGAGGACAUUGGGGAGGAGUUGGACCCCGCACUUGACAAUGUGCUGGAAAAAAAUUUCAUCAGGAGCGGCUCCACCUACAAGGUUAAAAUUGGUGACAAAGAGGCGGAAGUGAUGCAGUCGUUCAGACUAUAUAUGACCACAAAGCUACCCAACCCGUCGUACACCCCUGAAGUCAGUGCCCGAACCUCCAUCAUUGACUUCACCGUCACCAUGAGAGGACUGGAGGACCAGCUGCUGGGCCGAGUCAUCCUCACUGAGAAGCAGGAACUGGAGAAGGAGAGGACAGAUCUCCUGGAAGACGUCACAGCCAACAAGCGGAAGAUGAAGGAGCUGGAAGACAGCCUCCUGUACAGACUGACCAGCACUCAGGGCUCACUGGUGGAAGAUGAGGGCCUGAUCAUCGUCCUCAGCAAGGCGAAGCUCACGUCUGAAGAGGUGCACCAGAAACUGACCAUUGCAGCCAAAACUGAGAUCCAGAUCAACGCUGCCAGGGAAGAGUACAGACCUGUGGCCAAUAGGGGCAGCAUUUUAUACUUUCUGAUCACAGAAAUGAAUAUGGUCAAUGUGAUGUACCAGACUUCCCUCAAGCAGUUUCUGGGUCUUUUUGACUUCUCCCUGGCAAAGUCUGAGAAGAGCCCAAGCACCUCACAGCGGAUUCACAACAUUAUCGCGUUCAUGACCUUUGAGGUGUUCAAAUACGCAGUGCGAGGUCUGUACGAGGAGCAUAAGUUCCUCUUCACUCUGCUGCUGACGCUGAAGAUCGACAUACAGAACAAUCGUGUCAAUCACCAAGAGUUUCAAAUACUCAUCAAAGGAGGUGCAUCUUUGGAUCUGAAGGCGUGUCCUCAGAAGCCAUCCAAGUGGAUCCUGGACAUGACUUGGCUGAACCUCGUGGAGCUCAGCAAACUUGGACCACUUUCAAAUUUACUCGACCAUGUGUGUGCGAGUGACAAGCAUUGGAAGUCGUGGUUUGAUAAACCAGCGCCUGAGGAGGAAGUCCUUCCAAACAACUACGACAAUACCUUGGACUGUUUCAGGCGCCUGCUCCUGAUUCGCUGCUGGUGUCCUGAUAGAACGAUUGCACAGGCUCGUAAAUACAUACACGAUUCCAUGGGGGAGAAGUUCGCCGAGGGCGUCAUUCUUGACCUGGAGAAAACCUGGGAAGAGUCAGAUCAACGAACGCCUCUCAUUUGCUUCCUGUCCAUGGGUUCUGAUCCAACUGACUCCAUCAUAGCGCUGGGGAAGAGGCACUCAAUUGAGACCAAAUACAUCUCCAUGGGACAAGGACAAGAAGUCCAUGCACGCAAGCUCCUGCAGCACAACAUGGCGAAUGGAGGCUGGGCUUUGCUCCAGAACUGCCACCUUGGCCUGGACUUCAUGACUGAGCUCAUGGACAUCGUCGUGGACACAGAGUUCAUCCACGACGGCUUCCGUCUUUGGGUGACGACUGAAGUCCACAAACAGUUCCCCAUCACCCUGCUGCAAAUGUCAAUCAAGUUCACCAGCGAACCUCCGCAAGGACUGAAGGCGGGGCUUAAAAAGACCUACGGAGGCAUCAACCAGGACCUUCUGGAAGUCUUCAGCCUGACUCAGUGGAAGCCAAUGUUGUACGGAGUUGCGUUCCUUCACAGCACUGUGCAGGAGAGACGAAAGUACGGACCACUGGGGUGGAACAUUCCUUACGAGUUCAACCAGGCCGACUACAACGCCAUGGUCCAGUUCGUACAGAACCACCUCGACGACAUUGACAUUAAGAAGGGUGUGUCCUGGAACACGGUGCGGUACAUGAUUGGCGAAAUCCAGUACGGCGGCCGUGUGACUGAUGACUACGACAAGCGUCUCCUUAACACCUUUGCAAAAGUUUGGUUCAGCGAGAACAUGUUCCUACCAGACUUCCACUUCUACAAGGGCUAUUACAUUCCAGAGUGCACCACCGUGGAACAAUAUCUGACAUAUAUUCGGGGCCUACCUGCCUACGACACACCGGAGGUGUUUGGGCUCCAUACAAACGCAGACAUCACGUAUCAGAGCAAGCUUGCUAAAGAUGUUCUGGACACUAUCGGCAGCAUUCAGCCCAAAGACAGCUCUUCCGGAGGAGGGGAGACCAGAGAGAGCGUGGUCUACAGACAAGCUGGAGACAUGUUGCAGAAACUGCCCCGAGACUACGUACCGCAUGAGGUAAUGGAGCGCCUCCAGAAGAUGGGCGCGCUGCAGCCCAUGAACAUUUUCCUGCGGCAGGAGAUUGACAGGAUGCAGAGAGUCAUUUCUGUGGUCCGUUCGACCUUGACUGACCUUCAGCUGGCCAUCGACGGCACCAUCAUCAUGAACGAGAAUCUGCGUGAUGCUCUGGACUGCAUUUACGAUGCCUGCAUCCCUGACACCUGGAGGAAGAUCUCCUGGGCUUCCAGCACUUUGGGGUUCUGGUUCACGGAGCUGGUGGAGCGGAGCCAACAGUUCUACACUUGGGUGUUUGAGGGGCGGCCCCACUGCUUUUGGAUGACGGGCUUCUUCAACCCACAAGGUUUUCUAACAGCCAUGAAGCAGGAAAUCACUCGUGCUCACAAAGACUGGGCCUUGGAUCACAUGGUGCUGUUCAAUGAAGUGACCAAGUACAUGAAAGAGGAAAUCAAUCGUGCCCCUCCAGAGGGAGUCUACGUCUUCGGCCUUUACCUGGAGGGGGCAGGCUGGGACCGCCGCAACUGCAGGCUUAUAGAGUCGAAGCCCAAAGUGCUUUUCGAGAUGAUGCCAGUGAUCCGCAUGUUUGCAAAGAAUCACGGAUCCAAAGACCCGAACCUCUAUUCCUGUCCCAUCUACAAGAAGCCGGUGAGAACGGAUCUAAACUACAUUGCUCCUGUGGAUCUGAAGACGGCGGUACCUCCUGAACACUGGAUCCUGCGCGGCGUGGCGCUUCUCUGCGACAUCAAAUAAGCAGCUGGAAUCCACCUGCAUUACAAGUUUGGAAAAAAGAACUCCUACUGGACACACUGGUUUGGGUUCAAACGCUUAGGCCUUUUGGAAAUCAGAGCUAAAUCCCAGACGAUUUUAGACUUCUGUUGUAGGUCAAGAUGAUGUAAGGAAAAAAUCAAACAAAUAUGUAGAAGCCUAAUAGAAAUAAAAGUAGCAGCUGCAAUAUAAUUGAUUAAAAAUGUACUCUGUUUUGAAGAAUAUUGUCAGAGAGGUGUAACUAAUGGUGUAUUACAGGCCUGAAGUCAAGGGUGUAACUAGUUGAGGGCAUGUUCAAAUCCAUGAUAGUAAAGUGUGAAGUUAUACAAGAAUGUUGGAGAUGGAGAAGAGGAAGUGUGGUCCAUGGAUGUGAUGAACAUGGAGAGGACAGGUGUGACCAGAGAAGGAUGAGAUGAAAGACAGCUUGCUCGCUUAAGUACGGUUUUCAAAUCAAGCCCAAUAUUGUAUAUAAUGAUUCUUGAUGUUGACAAAGUUCAGAGAAAUACCUACAUCAAUAUCCUGUGAAUGAUCUCCAGUGGUGACUGUAAACCCUGUGACCCACAGCGUUGGUGCAUCAGAUGACCUGUAGGUGGCGGCAUUGUUCGUGGGCAGGCCCCGGUCGUCAGUGGGUUGAUUAUUGGGCCAGAUGACCUCAUGCUCCCGCAUCAUCUUGCUCGCGAACGACGACCACUCUGUCCCUUUUCAAAUCGGCCGACAUCUGAAGUCAGCGAGAGGGCGUUUGAGAGA